AUGGAUGUCCUGUGUGUGCGCUGUGUAGAUAAGAGCCACGCAUGGGACCAGCCAGUGACCAGUCCGUCCUAUAAGCCCAAAGCGAUGCCCAGCUCUGAACCGGGUCUUAUCACCUCCGCCUGCGCCGCUGGGUCCUUUGUGCGCGUUGAUCCGGUCUUUGAGGAGUCCUGUGGAGAGGGCGAUUGUGGGAGCCUCGUCUGGAUCGCGUCCUCCGCUGUUCUUUCCCACCAGACCACUGUGAGAAUAUCAGAAGAAAUCGACAUGUCUCAGGGCGAUAAACUCAAGCAGGGACAGUUCACAAACCCAGAGACCCCCGGAUAUGUGGGUUUUGCCAAUCUGCCAAAUCAGGUUCAUCGCAAGUCUGUGAAGAAGGGCUUUGAGUUCACGCUGAUGGUGGUCGGUGAAUCCGGUUUGGGGAAGUCGACUCUGAUCAACAGCCUCUUCCUGACGGACCUGUAUCCAGAGAGGGUGAUCCCCGGAGCUGCAGAGAAGAUCGAGCGGACGGUGCAGAUCGAGGCCUCCACGGUGGAGAUCGAGGAGAGAGGAGUGAAGCUGCGGCUCACGGUGGUUGACACGCCGGGAUACGGGGACGCCAUCAACAGCCAAGACUGUUUCAGCACCAUCAUCAGUUACAUCGACGACCAGUUCGAGCGCUACCUCCACGACGAGAGCGGACUCAACAGAAGGCACAUCGUGGACAACAGGGUGCACUGCUGCUUCUACUUCAUCUCCCCGCUGGGCCACGGACUGAAGCCUCUGGACGUCCAGUUCAUGAAGGCCAUCCACAACAAGGUCAACGUGGUCCCGGUCAUCGCCAAAGCAGACACUCUGACGCUGAAGGAGAGGGAGCGACUCAAGCGAAGGAUUCUUGAUGAGAUCGACGAACACGGUAUCAAGAUCUACCACCUUCCCGACGCUGAGUCUGACGAGGACGAAGACUUCAAAGAGCAGACCAGGAUCCUGAAGGCGAGCAUCCCGUUUGCGGUGGUGGGAUCCAACCAACAGAUCGAGGCCAAAGGGAAGAAGGUGCGCGGGCGGCUGUACCCCUGGGGCGUGGUGGAGGUGGAGAACCCCGAGCACAACGACUUCCUCAAGCUCCGCACGAUGCUCAUCACACACAUGCAGGACCUCCAGGAAGUGACCCAGGACCUCCACUACGAGAACUUCCGCUCCGAACGGCUGAAGCGCGGUGGCAGGAAGGGACCGGAGCCGGAGGAAAUGGACAAGGACAUAAUUCUGCAGGAGAAGGAGGCUGAGCUGAGACGGAUGCAGGAGAUGAUCGCCAAGAUGCAGGCGCAGAUGCAGAAGCAGGGAGACGACCUUUGA